UCCCUCUGAAGGUUGAACUGCAAAGUUGCCUCACCGACCUUGCUGAUCCAUUAAUCAGGUUCUUAAUUUAAUUUAAUUUAAUUUAUUGAAUUUAUAGGCCGCCCAAUCCCGGAGGACUCUUCUCUGCUUGCCUGAUCUAUUGAAUCCGGUGAGAUCUACUCCCAGGUAAGCAGGUUGGCAACUGAACCCAGAGUUGAGUUUCUUUCCAAAAACUGUCCACUGCCUGAUUCCUCUACCCUGGGAACGUUUUGUCUCCACCCAUCCAGGGAUUGUCUUCUGAAACACAAAUAUGCUUCACCUAACCCACACCGGGACAUCUAAUCCACAUCUCCUUUGUGAAGCUGCUAAAAACCUCACGUCUUCUAAAAGGUCACCGAACUAGCUAAGAAAUCUCUCUCUGCUUCAGCUUCCUCCUGUUGGUUGAUAGCUGUGAUACGGAGGGCCACACCUCUGGAGCGAAGAGAUGGGCGACCCUGGGCAAAUGGGAAGGCGGUUGCUCUCACCCAGCCCCGCCCCACCUGAACUCUACACCUGCAAUUCGUGACAGCUCUCAGGUUACACCUGCGAACAAGCCAGCCAGAUAUGAGGAAGGACUUCAGAGCUCAGGUGAACCACCUGUUUCCAGGAGAUGCUGAGUGAAACACAACCGCUUUGAGACUUCCAGAGGAAGCAGAGAUUUUGGAUGUCAGGAGCUGGGGAAUCUGUUGCUCUCUGAAGCCUGGAAGAUGCAUUUGGAUAAAAGGUUCGUGUGUCAGAUUCCACACCUGCUGGCACUGGGGACUCUCAUGCUGCUGGCCACGGCCAUGCUGAAGUACAGCCGUUGGCAGUGUGACCCCAGCUACCUGGAGAGACACCCCACGGACCCCCGGGGACAGUUCUGCAAGGACCAGUUCUACCAGUCGGUGAGGCUCCCGCCCAUGGAGAACAUCAGCUGCUCUGAGAUCAUCAGAGGGGACACGAAGGCUAUGGAGGCCGCUCUGGUGAGCAAGGUGCAGUGGAAGAACAAGCGGUCGGCCCUGGAUGAGAAGUUCUACUUGAACCUGACCCAGGAUUGUCAGACCUUCAAAGAGCGGAGGAGAUUCAUUGGGUUCCACCUGAGCGAAGAGGAAGAGAACUUCCCCAUCGCUUAUUCCAUGGUGGUCCACGAGAAGAUCGAGAUGUUUGAAAGGCUCCUGAGAGCCAUCUUUGCUCCUCAGAACGUUUACUGUGUCCACGUGGACAGCAAGUCUCCCGAACCUUUCCAAAAGGCCGUCCGGGCCAUCGCCUCCUGCUUCGACAACGUUUUCCUGGCUUUUAAGCAGGAGAGUGUGGUGUACGCCUCUUGGUCGAGGGUCCAAGCCGACCUGAACUGCAUGAAGGACCUGCUUCAAAGCAAGGUCCGCUGGAGGUACCUGCUGAACACCUGCGGGACCGACUUCCCCAUCAAGACCAACACGGAGAUCGUCCGGGCCCUGAAACUGCUCAACGGGAAGAACAACAUGGAAUCCGAGAAACCUUCGUCCUAUAAAAGGAACCGCUGGAAAUACCACCACGAAGUGACCAACACCAUCGUUCAGACCAAGACGACAAAGGGCCCCCCGCCCCACAGCUCCCCCAUGUUCACGGGCAACGCCUACAUCAUAGCCACCAGGGAGUUUGUGCAGCACCUCUUCCAAGACCCAACCGCCAGGCGCUUGAUAGAGUGGUCCAAAGACACCUACAGCCCCGAUGAGCAUCUUUGGGCCACCUUGCACCGCAUGCCAGGGGUGCCCGGCUCGGUCCCUUAUAAUGACAAAUUCGAUCUCACGGACAUGAACGCCAUUGCCCGGGUGGUGAAGUGGGCCUACAGCGAAGGGGACGUCAGCAAGGGAGCCCCUUACCCCCAGUGCACCGGAGUCUACCGGCGGGCGGUCUGCGUCUAUGGGUUUGGGGACCUCCGCUGGCUGCUCUCACAGCACCACCUCUUCGCCAACAAGUUCGACCCCAGCGUGGACAACUGCGCCCUCCAAUGCCUGGAAGAGUAUCUGCGCCACAAGGCCAUCUACAGAACGCCCCUUUGAGCGUGGCCCUCCGCACCCCUCAAGAAAGGGAGGCGAGGGGGAUCCCUCCCACGGCAGGACACACAAGUGGUGGGUCAAUUGUGCCCCUUUGAAUACCUUCAGCAUUCUGGAGGCCUUUGUGGCCCCAGAGCUGACGUUCAGGGAACAUGGGAAACCACAAGGUAGGGAGAUCAUUCCACUCCCCCCCCCCACACCCCGGGGCAAAGGGAGGCAGGGGGCUUGCGCAACCCCACUCGUUCGGUUUCAGCAGAACUGGCAGCGUGAGUUAGAUUUAUGAGUCAUUCUCCUGGCCUGCUGCGUCGUGUUUCCUUGUGGGGAAAAAUGUGUGUCUGAUGGAACAAAUGUAUCUGGACUCCGACCUCAAGCGUUUUUUAAGGGAUGGUGGGAAGGAGGAGGGGGCAUUUGCUCAU